UUAAGGAAUUAAAAUCCACAAAAAGAAAGAGAGAAUGAGAGAAAAAAGAGAAGCCCUUGGCAUUUGGGUGAAAGUAACUGUAAGAGUAUAUAAAUAGCAUUAAUGGUUGUCUUUAUUUUUUCCACAUAUCCCACAGAAGAUAGAGAGAGAGAGAGAGAGAGUUUCAUCCUUCAAACCAUCGAUUUCAUCUUCUUUUGAACAACUCCAAUGGCCGAUCAACUCACCGACGAACAGAUCUCAGAGUUCAAGGAAGCCUUCAGCCUCUUCGACAAGGAUGGCGAUGGCUGUAUUACUACCAAGGAACUUGGGACCGUAAUGCGGUCACUUGGGCAGAACCCAACUGAGGCUGAGCUGCAGGACAUGAUAAAUGAGGUUGAUGCUGAUGGGAAUGGUACCAUUGAUUUCCCAGAAUUUCUCAAUCUCAUGGCCCGCAAGAUGAAAGAUACUGAUUCUGAGGAGGAGCUUAAGGAAGCUUUCCGCGUGUUUGACAAGGAUCAGAAUGGUUUCAUCUCUGCAGCUGAGCUGCGCCAUGUCAUGACUAAUCUCGGUGAGAAGCUGACCGACGAAGAGGUUGACGAGAUGAUUCGCGAGGCUGAUGUUGAUGGUGAUGGGCAGAUCAACUAUGAGGAGUUUGUCAAAGUCAUGAUGGCCAAGUGAGGACCAAUCAACCAUAACCAAAAAUUUGAAAAGCACAUGAACAGAAAAGGGACAGGGCAGAUAAGUUUUGAUGAGAAUUCUAUUUUCAUUAGGACAUCAUUUUCAUUUGGGGUCAUUAGUUUUUGUUGGUCGGGUUUGUUUGCUUUAUUAUUGGUAUUUGCUCAUUAGUAUUCUACUUGUUUGCUCUGUCCCUUGUUUUACUAGUUUGGAUUAGUUGUGUCUCACCAUGCAUUUGUACUUCACUUUUCAUCUUUUUUGGGUUACUAUUUAUGAACAUGGAACAAUUGGUUGCAAUUUGUGCUUUUUACAUGUGGAUCACUAAUACUGUUAAUACCAUCCUAUGCUACAUGAUUGUUUCUGUGAUGAUUUUGCAUUCCUCGGCCUCAGUCUGAUGAUGAUGGAAAAAACUAGUCCUCGUUAGUGAACAAUUCAUGUGAAUUCCAUCAUCUUGAUUGCUCGCCCCUUUUCUUUCUCCUAGUGUGAAGUUAACAACAUAGCAACGAUCAAGAUCAAGAGUAUUAUAUUGGUUUAAUUAAUCUGGAGGUCCCUGGAUUAUUUGAGAAUUUUUAAAUAAGUUUUUAUCUUUUAAAAGUUUGUAAAUGGAUUACAGAAGUUUCCAAGCACUUCUAAUUGAGUCUCUGACCACAUUUCUGCUAAGUACAAGGACUAAAUUAACUUUUUUCAAACAAUUUAAGUACUUAUGGAAUAAUUAAAUUAAUGACUUAGUCCCUGAAUAAUUUAAUUUUUUUUCAAAAAUAAAUUCUUGUACUUAACAAAAUCCUAACGGAGGGAGGGACUCAAUAAUGAUUUUAAAAUUUAGGGAGUAAAUAAUACAUUUAUGAAGUACAUAGAUUUACAAAAAAAAUUCAAGUAGUUUAGGGACCUGUAGAAUAAUUUAACCUAUUAUCAUACUUUGUCAACACCUUUGUACUAAAAAAUGAAUUUUCUAAUUAAAGGAAUGUGCAGAUCAUAUGCCAAUUUGUUUUAUGAUUUCCAUUUUGGCAACUAGGAUAAUAUACUUUAAAACUAUACAUAAAAUGCAAGCAUCAAAGCGAUACUCAAAGUGAUGCACGUUGCAUGAAUGUAGCUUUCUAUUUCUAGGUCUAUAACCUCCCAAAAAUUACUGGAAACAACUGGUAACUAAUUUCCCAAAAUGAUUUAAAAGGCAUAUUGUCUUUCUCAAUAAUUUGUAAUAUGUAUUUUAAAGCAAACUGAAAAAUGUAAACACACCCAACAAGGGUGUUUAAUUAUUAUGAGUAGCAACUAUGUUAUAUUACUAUUAUUAUAAGAUAAUGGCUCAUCAUAUUAUUUAUUGUUAUAUUAAAUUCAUCAGAAAUUGAUGGCGCGCAGUCCACCAUGAGCACGAAAGAUUUUCCCUUACUGAUGCCACGAGAUUAAUUUCUUUCAGAAUGAAGCAUUCUGUUAGCAGAAGCAGAUCCAAUCCCAAAUCCAAAUCCAAAUCCAAAACCACUAAAAGCCGGAUCAGAUGCUGCUUUUGAAUGAAGAUUCCAAACAUUGCAAAGGGUUGUUGUUGAUCACAAAGGGAAUCCAUGGUGGAGGCUGGAUCUUCCUCUUUUCCUCCUUUACCUGUAUAUUCGGUUGCUAAAAUUUGUCCCAACCAUCUAUUUUUUAUAUUACUCAAUCGAUGGUUAAAGAAGUUUGAAAUUUUCCCACAUACUUAUUUAUAAUAUAUAAAAUUUGGAGC